CCGGUGCGUUGUGUAAGACGCGACCUGUUAUGGCCACCACUACUUCCGGGUUUCAGCAGUCUGGUCCAGAUCCUCCGCUCCUCCUCAGCCUCAACACACACAUCCAUUGUACACGAGGAGAAAAAAAAAACGGGGCAGGCGGCUCGCGCAUACAUGCAUUCACACACACACAUACACACACCUACACACACACACACACACACGCACACGAGGCUCACAGACACUCCACGCACAGCAUCGAUCGUGGCUCCUUUAAGAAAAGCCUAAGCCAGAAUUAUCACCCCACCUCCUCCUGAUUUCCUCUGGACGCUUUUUGCAUAAGAAAAUCAAGCCGGGAGCCGAGAGUGAUCAAAGAAAACCAGAGGAGAGCUGCUUCAUUUUUUAACUCUGACUGUGACCAUUUUACAUUUAGGUGGUGCUGAUCCCGUGGAGACGCGCGUCCGGACCAUCAUUCAUCCGCUACUUUUGACAAGCCUCUCGCGCUCUGACUGACAGGCGGAGUGACACCGAAAAAGAAAAAAAGAGAGGAGAAGAAGAAGAAACACGAARAAGAAAGAAAGAAGAGCAAUGAGAGACGCCGGUUUUGUUUGAGAGGGGACAUUUUAUUUUCCUUCUGGUUUUGGAGAAGGAGCCCCCCUCUGGGUGCCCUGCUGACCGAGAGGAGAGCAGAGAGGACGGAGUCGCCGCGCCUGGGCUAAAACUUGCGCUGAGAGCAGGAGCUGGCUUCACGGUUCCGCGAGGAAGAAACCAAAACAAAACAAAACAAAACAAAAAAAAAAUCGGGAUUUCGGCUUCUCGGGGUUUUUUUUUUCUUUUUUUUUUCUUUUAUUUCCUGUGUGGAUUUUCUUUCUCUUUCUUUACGCUGGCUUCAGAGGGGAUUUACUGAAAGGACGACCCCGGGAGUGAGGAGGGUUAUGGCGCAACGGUACGAAGACUUGCCCCACUACGGGAUGGACGGUGUGGGCAUCCCGACCACCAUGUACGGAGACCCGCACGGCGCGCGCUCCAUGCAGGCCGUGCACCUGAACCACGGUCCGCAGCUGCACUCCCACCAGUACCCGCACACCGCCCACACCAACUCCAUGCCCCCCAGCAUGGGCUCCUCCGUUAACGACGCUCUCAAGAGAGAUAAAGACGCUAUUUACGGACGUCCUGGAACAGAGAUCACGAUGACACGGCGUCCACGCGCUCCGGAGGAACACCGGGACCUUCCAGCGGCGGGCACACGUCACACAGCGGGGACAACAGCAGCGAACAGGGUGAYGGCCUGGACAACAGUGUGGCUUCGCCGAGCACGGGGGACGACGAUGACCCAGAUAAAGAGAAGAAACACAACAAGAAGAGGGGGAUUUUUCCUAAAGUGGCCACCAACAUCAUGAGAGCGUGGCUCUUCCAGCACCUAACACAUCCCUACCCCUCGGAAGAACAGAAGAAACAGCUGGCACAAGACACAGGCCUCACUAUCCUACAAGUGAACAACUGGUUCAUUAAUGCGAGGAGGAGAAUAGUGCAGCCCAUGAUCGACCAGUCAAACCGUGCAGUAAGUCAAGGAGCUCCCUACAAUCCAGAUGGCCAGCCAAUGGGUGGCUUCGUCAUGGACGGCCAGCAGCACAUGGGAAUCAGACCACCUGGGCCGAUGGGUGGAAUGGGCAUGAACAUGGGCAUGGAAGGUCAGUGGCACUACAUGUAGCCCUACCCGAGCCUUAA